UGCCGUCCAUGUCAACACGACGCCCAAGGCAAGCCGCUACGCCUUUUGAUCUGAUAAUCUUGUCUUGUCCAUUGCACGCGCUUCCAUUUUGCCACUACUCUUCACAGCCAUGAGCGAUGUAGGAACGUCUGAACAACACAGAAAGGGCUCCUUGCCGCCGGGCAUGGUGCUCGGGCCAGAUGGCAAGCCGUGCAAGGUCUGUUCGGGCUUCAAGGCAUGGUCAUCUGUCUACGGUGCGCCUGGUGGCAGCAAGGGCAAGCAGAAGGCUGCCAAGGUCACAUCGGCCGCAGCGGCAGGAGCAGUGACAGCUGUGCCCUUGCCCGAGUCAAGCGACGCCCUGCCCAAGGACUGUCCGGCCGAUGUGGAGCGUUUAGGACGACAUACCUGGACUUUCUUGCACACGACAGCUGCCUACUACCCCGAGCGACCCUCAGAGACACAACAGAGCUCAAUGAUGUCGCUCCUCAGAGCCAUGCCGGUGCUCUAUCCUUGCUCGCAUUGCGCUGCCGAUCUGGCUAUUGAGAUGAAGCAGAGACCUCCGGAUGUGAGCAGCAGGGAGAGACUGGCACGCUGGAUGUGCGAGACACACAAUGAGAUCAAUGUCAAGCUUGGCAAGGAAGCCUUUGACUGCGAUAAAGUAGACGAACGAUGGAAAGACGGCUGGAAGGAUGGCCAUUGCGAUUGAGAUUCUCACUUGUUCAUUUGUUGUUGACGCAACUCAGCAUACACCACUCUCUAUGCAUCCUCUACAGACGCACUAGCAGUCGAUGCUGCCUCACUUCUAGCUUCUGCGUUCUUCUUUCGGCGUUUGGCUUUCUGACCACGAUGGACGACCUGCGCCGCGCCUGGCCCUCGUCUCUUAGUUGCGACCGCAUGCUUCGUUCCGAGCUGCUGUUCGUAUACUACAUCUGCAGCCUCUUCGCCGUUGGCAUUUGAAUCAUCGUAAUCUUGCUUGAGCAGCAGAUGUAAUUCAGGGAACAGCUCCUUCACGUCGUGCGCCGCAUCUGAGAGACCGAGCGCUGUCAUCAGUACAAGCUGACGCGCUGGGUCGAGAGCGCCUACUUUGCACCCGAGAUGCCGCUCUGAACUCACUGAGCCAGUCAGAUGAGGCUGACACGUCCACCAGCUGCGCGCCACUUAGUCGGGUUUCGCGCUACAG